GCAUCACGUUUCAUCGUCCUGCACCACCACUCCAGCUGCCAAGAGACUAACACAGCCAGCCCUACAAGACUCUACCGGCAACAUGAAGUCCUGCAUCAUCCUACUCGUGUUCAGUCUGGCUGCGUGUGUUCUCAGCGAGCCGAGUCCUCACCAUAUACCAGGCCAUAAGUGUAAUCCCUGUGUACCAGCAGACUGCAAACCUGUCACACCUUGUGCCUUUGGCAUCACUAAGGACACCUGUGAUUGCUGUGACAUCUGCAGAACGAAAUUCAGGGACUCCCAUGCUCACUGCCAUGACCCACACGCUGAGGACCACGCCGAAUUUGAUCAUCAUCACACCGAGCAUGAAGAGUAUUGCCGUGAACAAGGACACAGACCGUGAUCACAGACACCUAUACUGAUCAUGGACACGUACACUGAUCACACACAUGUACAUUAAUCACGAAAGCGUACACUCGUCACUCACAUGUACACUAAUCACGAAUACGUACACUGACCACGCACAUUUACACUAAUCACGAACAAGUACACUAAUCACGAUGACAUCCCCUGCGGCCUUAUUUACUAAGCUUCUGUUAUUGUUAUGUUUUACCAAUAUAAUCGCUUAAAGUGAAUAUAAAUACCAAUAAUUAUGCUUUCACAAGUACAGACAUACGAUUAAUGACUGCAGGGAUGGUAUGUUAGUUAAGAAUUAGAUAUCGGUAUUACUUUAGUUUCCAAUUAAUUGAUACUCGUUUUCUUUCAUGCUUCGAGUUGUAUUUCAUGAUCGUGUUCAAUAUGUACACUAUUAAAAUUUAAAUGCAAAAGU